AUGCUGACCUGCCCGCCUUCACGAAUCAACCUCACAUCUGCCGACCUCGCCAGCUUCGACCGAAGAUGGGUAGCAAGACAGUCUGCUCGCCGUGAUGCCGACAACGUUCGACUUGGUCAGGGGCCUGCACGGCAGACGAGACUCGCGUUCGUACCCGCGGCUGCCAAUGCUGGGCGCCACAGAGCAGAUUCUUGUUCCUCUCAAGCAACCGUUCACGCAACCGAGGAUGAUGAUCCUGCCCUGCACAGCAAUACAGCAUCCCCAGCUGGACGACUCGAUCUGCCUAGUCUUGGUGACAAGAGUAACAGUUCAAACUCGGCAACCACCCGACAAGGUGUCCCAUCGCCUCAGAAACCAAUCCACGACGAAAGUACACCAGGUCCAGCACGAUCCCCAUCAAAGCCACCGCCAGAGCUGGACUUUCCCAUAUACGAAGAUCCUCCCCUGUUGCAAGCCUUGGUGGAAGCACGACACUUCCAGCAGCAUAAUAAUGGGUCUCGAUUUGAGCUGAAUAGAAGUCGCCCUGUAACUUCAAAUCUCCAGCAAAGAGCAGUCGCCGCACCGCCAGUUAUACACCAGCUUCAGAUACCUACCUUACUAUACCCGCCAUUGGAUCCUGGAGCACCGGUCUUCGUUCCCAGAACCAGAUUUGGCUCAACAACCAGCCUUUCGGACCAGAGCAGUGGUGUGGUUAUAGAAUCUUCUACCACCACUGGCCAGAUAGAACAGAGCACAGCAAAUCUACGCAUACGAUCAUCUUUCGAGCGGAACACCCAACAUUCGUCACGUAGCGCUGAACGCCACAGUGUUAUAUCGGACUCUUCUAUAUCGCUCGUGCCCUCCGAUGGACCACAAGCACGCCGCAGAAGUCGAAACAACGACCAGAACACCGCUUUGCACAGGCCGCUACUCGGGUUUGACAGGUACCCUGCCGUGCGGCCACCGGCAGUUGCAUUCGCGUCCAGGCGUAACAGUGGCUCCCAGAGACAAGUCGUAUUUCCACGCCGCCGGAGCUCCAGACAGCACUUGGUCGAGUUUGAGCGUUCGAGGCGCAGUCAAGAAGCUCGUCAGCAGAACCGGUCGUCAACGCACCUUACUGUGCCUGGAAACAAUGGACGAAGGCCAGUAUCGCCUGCUGCGUCGACUAGCAGCCGAUCGACGCCUAACUUGCUCCAGCCACCAUCGGCGCCGUAUAUCCAUGUCAGGAGCAGCUCGCUCUCAUCGAAUCGCAGCGGCACCCAGCAUGUAGGACACGUCCCAGCACGAAGAGCUCGAAAGUCGGGGGCUACUGUCAGUGAGCCAAGCGGGCUGAUCGAUGAUUUGUUCCUUCAGCGUGAUUCGCCUCUCGAUCGUAUCAUACAGAAGUAUGCCAAAUAUUCAACUCGGCCGCGCUCUGUAGGCCGCUCUUUUGAACGUCCUCCUGGACGCCGAACACGACCGUCGCUUCUCAGUGGCGAUCUGUUCACACAGGAUCCCACGGAUGAUCUUGAAGAUUAUGAUCAUGUCGAAAAGAACGAAAUAGCGUCACAGCCAUUAAUGAGGCACGUCGGAGGCAGGACUACCGUCGAAAGGCCGCUUACCAGCUCCCCAAUAUCACCCAAGUCUGACACUUGGACGCUUCACAAGCGACAUCCAACUAUCGAAGAUCCAGUUGCAUUAGCACUGGCCCUACCAUCACCAGAAGUGCCAUCCUCACCAUUGCCGAGAUCUUCACCAGUCGUCCGGUCUUCACCUCAACUACCCAGCACCCCUAUUCUACGAUCAGGACCAUCGAGACUACUCUCACCCGAAGCCAGUACAUCGUCAGCAGCCAAAUCAGCACACUCCACGGGCAGUCUCACGCCGUCGGUACAAAGCCUCGCAGCUGCAGUCACCCCCAGAGUACCCGUCUACAACGACAGUCAUCCCACUACCCAACAGCCGCAGACGCCAGCAGAUAUCGCCAAGUCCACUCGGCGCGCUCGCGGACGGUCAAACACAACAUCUACCCACCAAGCAACCCCAUCAGCCGUGCAUCCAAGUCCGACGCUGGCUCCUCCAGAACGCCAUCCUCAUCGUCAUACAUUCCCUUCGUCCACCUCGCAACAGACCCCGGAGGUCACUGUCGGCAUGACGCCUGUCAGAGCGGCCGCCGUGAUGGAGACGACUUCUGCCGUCAGGCACGACAGUGUUCUGGCUCGAGUUCAGCAGCGGAGCAGCAAUUCCAGCGAGAAUGACAUCGAGGGCAAUCUCGAUGGCUUGGAGCAGGAUCGACGUGUUUGGAUGUGA